AUGGAAAUAAGGGAGAUAGAGGAAAGAAGAGAAAAAGGGGAGUUUAGAUGGGCAGAAGUUGAGGACUGGGAAAGGAAGGAGCAGAGGGAAGAGAGGAUAGAAAAAAUGGAAAAGUCGGAAUACAAUAGAUGGUACAAGCAGGUCAAAGGGAAGGGAAUACCGGGCUAUCUGAAGAAAGGGUGGAAGGAAGACAGGUGGAGGAGAAUAGCAAGUUAUGAACAGGAUACUUCUGUGGGAUUUUACAAUCCCAUUAAAAGGAGCAAAAUCAUAAAAACCAAACUAUGGUUAGAAGUAUCUGACUCACUUAAAGGUGCUUUUACCCCAGAUGGUGCUAAAAAAAAGUUUAAGGCAUUAACUGACACAUUUAGAAAAAUCAUUCGGGAUGAGCAAUGUCCAAGUGGUUCCGCUCGCAAAAAUAAUGGCAAUAAAUGGGCUCAUUACGAUUCCAUGCAAUUUUUGAGAGAUCAUUUCACUCCAAGAGAAUCUGCAACAAAUUGCGAAUCUGAGGAAAAUGAUUCUGAUGACAUUAAUUUAUCUAGUUAUGAAGUUGAUAAUGACAGUGUAAAAAAAACAGCAGAAGGAUUACACGUAAAAGGAAAAAUAUUGGUGAUAAGGUAAAAAUAUUGGUUAUCGUCUCAG